CUCAAAGUCAGACAUUUUGUGAAGCAAAAUCUACAGUGACAUUGUCAGCGGCGAUAUCUUGUGAAUUAAGUGAAAAAUCAUUUUAAAAUAUGUCUGAAGCAUUCUUUGAUGAGUACGACUACUACAACUUUGAUCACGACAAGCACAUUUUCUCUGGACACAGCGGCAAACAAAGGACAAAGAAGGAGGUGAGCGAGCACACGAACCACUUCGAUCCGUCCGGUCAUUCCAGAAAGAUCGUGACGAAACUCAUUAACACAGAAAACAAUAAAAAGUCAACGAACAAACACUAGAUGUUUUCAAGAUUUGACCAACGACUAUGGCUUGGAAAAGGUAUACAGAACUGCCGAACGAUAGGAGAUUGAUAUUACGACGAUUCCCUGGGUCAGGGGGCUCGUCGACGGGAUCAGUGGGACACUCUUGGAGGACAAUGCUUUCUCAAUACAUUUAUUUUGCAUAUUACAAUGCAGCCGUAAGAUGGCGGCCAUAAAGGCACACAACAUCGUUCCAACGACUGAUCUCCUGAGCUUGUUAUAGAGCUCAAAUUUGCUGUGUUAUUAUUUCUAGCUAGAUAAUGUUAUUAAAUCGUUUCGAUACAAACGCGACUGCAAAGUAUGUCUAAUAAACGUUUUAAUUUA